CGAAGCCGCUGCCAACAGCUCUGACAACAGUGCAAUAAUAGUCUGUCAUCGCGCUUCCUUUCUUCCUUCCUUCUGAUCGAGCUUUGGUGCCAUGGAGCUCUUAAACUUCACUCCUGAGACCCCUCCUGCUUCUCACCGCCCAUGACCGGCGACGCCUCAGUACCUCAAUCUGCGACGGAGUCGACGCCUCUUCUGUCCUCCAGCGCAGAUGCAUCGAACAAGGUCGACACCCCGCGACGCUCUUGGCUUCCUUCGUUCAGCCCUUAUCGGAGAGUGCUGUUCGCGACAAUGCUGCUUUCGUUGACGUUUGGCUUUACCUCCACGCCGCUCAUGUUCGCGUAUCGUGUCUUCGCAUGCGACGAAUACUAUGAGUCCCAUCCGCCAUACGAUGGAGAGGGUGACCGGUGUGCGGUGGCCGAAAUCGAGAAGACGGCGGCGAGGGAUAUCGGAGUGAUGGUCGCUCUAACCGCAUUGAGCGGAAUGGCCAAUCUCCUCUUGACCACCUGGCAGAUCCGCCAUUGGGGACUGCGCUCUGCAAUCGUGCAGCAGACAUUUUGGCCCGCUUUGCGCAAUCUGACGCAGAUCUACAGCACAUUCGUGGGCGGGCGAACGGGGAUCACAAUCCUGCAGACAACGCAGCUCAUUACUAUUUUCGGUGGCGGGCAGGGUUACGCGCUGUCUGCCAACUCGUAUAUCGCGGAGCUCGUUGCCCCGGAAGAGCGCACCGCUGCUUUUGGAGUAGUCCAGGGGAUUAUGAUGUUCGGCAAUGCGCUGGCAUACAUCGGAGGAGGACUAGCUUAUGACGUCAACAUUUCUGCGCCGUUCGAGCUGACGUUCUUUCUCCUCGUCGGCAGCACACUAUAUUCUGCAAUCUUCCUCCCGAACAUUAAACCUGCAACCUUGGCUUCAGAUGACUCCAGGUCUACAAAAUCAUGGCUCUCAUUCUUGGACUCGCUUGCAGUCUUCGGACCCUGGAAGUAUGAAGGUAAAAACGGCCGUUUCUGGGGAGUUACCCUGCUCGGUGUCGGAUCAUUCGCUAGUGUGUUGGCCACGGCAUAUGUGCCGUUGAUGUUGCAACUGACGGCCACAAAUCGGUACGGAUUCCGACCAAUAAACAACGGAUACCUGAUGUCCUUACACUCGCUGUCUCGGGCCCUGUUCCUAACUUUCAUUUUUCCUCGGAUCAUCGCAUCGGGGAGAAAAUGGUUCUCACCCACCCCUUCGACCCCGAGCGAUUUGGAAGAAAGACCCGGAGAGACCAGCACAAACAAAACGCUGGCCGUUCUUCCAACGGACGCCACCUCUUUCGAGCCAUCCGCCGACGGAUCAUCCGAAACACCCGACCUCGCUGUCCCAGAAGCUACCGACAUCAAACACGGGAGCGUGUUUGACUUGACGUUCCUCCGCUGGUCGAUCAUUCUCGAUGCGUUCAUGACAUCGCUCGUGGCGUUCAACUCUCAGUCCUGGCACGUAAUUGCGGCGGCUGGCCUGUUGCCGCUCGCGUCGGGAACUGCACCUGCGUGCAAAGGCGUGCUUCUCGACAUGCUGCCUCCGCACAAGAAGGCCGACGCGCUGUCCGGCAUUUCCGUGAUCGAGACCGUCGCGUACAUCACCACCGCGUGGAUUUUCAGCGGGGUCUUUGCCGUGCUUUCGGACAUGGGACAUCCAAAUGUCGUGUUCUUUUGCAAUGCCGGUUUGGCGCUGCUGGGCGGCUUGCUUUUACUCGCAAUCAAAUUCCCGAGGUGGAAGUUGGCGCUCUAAAGACGCUCCCAUCAAGAAAUACAUUCGCCUUAGAGUAGUAGCGCACAUCGUGUCGCUACAUUUGGCUACGAGCCCGGCGUGUUCUGGCUGAUGUCAUAUUUAGUCAUUCAACACCCGAUCUUCUAGGUUUGGCCAUUUUGACCAGCUAUCCCAGGAAUCUUUCGAUAGCUUAGCUUAGAAUUGAAGUCCCCAGACGAGAUGCACAGUCAUAUCUCAUUGAACCUUGCGUUUUAAACAGCAGCUACGGGUCGUCAGCUGGACCACUGCCCGAUUUCGAUUAAUCUGACGAGUGCAGUUUCAGACCUCAGUGAAGAAUCGACUGUAGAUCACAUGCAGGACAUAGACAGAACUCCGGAGAACAAAGACCGAAAAGUAAAGAGAGAGAUCGGGUCCCAGACUGCUACUUGCGGCUACAAUGAGGGUCAAGAUUCAACUCAAUGACGCCGAACAAUCACGCUCGCGCUGGCACAUCAUUACAAGGCAUCUAGUCAUGAGCAAUGUCCCUUGAUCGUUAAGAGGUGGACUGUAUGUAAGUAUGUAUCCGAGAGACAUGAAACAGAGAUAGCAUAGUCAUCGUUAAGAGCAAAUCCUUCAGCUCAUAUUCGCAAGGAAGGCGCCGCUUGAACUACGGGCGCGGUUAGCUGGCCUAGACAGCCCCGGACUUGGCAUGGCCUCCCGAGGAAAGGCUUCCCAUGGCAACACUGGCGUACCAUCCGGUGAAGCCAGGCUCCCCGGCGUGCCAUCGAAACCGUCGUCCAAGCCACCAGGGGUUCCGUCGAAUUCGCCUGGCGUUCCAUCGAAUGUUUUGGAUGGGGCAGCGACGAACGCGCCGAAAGUGGGCGACUCGGGGCCAAGCGUGGAUGACGUCGCACUGGAUUUGGACUUCUUGCUCUUCGUCUUGCGAGCCUUGGGCGGGGGUGGCUGUAGUGAGUGUCUGGCGAAGCCCGACAACGGAGACGGGGAGUAGGGAAUGGAGCCGGAGCCUGAUGUCGAGCUGCGGCCGCUGGAGCGGGACUGCGAGCCAUUCAGGGACGCUCGGGGAGCCGCGCGAGCGUAGACUGCGCCAUCCAGAUCUGCCUCCCCUUCCGGAUCUUCAUCGACAUGCGGCACCAUCUGGGGCGUUGGCAUGAAUUGAUGAGAGAGAUCGCGUGGAUCAGGCGACGCGGCGGGGGAUUCGUCUGCGUCGAAGAGAAGCUGGUUAGAAGAAGCCCCGCUUUCCCUCAGGGCCCUAGCCAGUCUCUUCAUCUCCUUCCUCGCCUUCCUCCUCGCCCGUCGUUCGACCUGAUCCUCGGUGAGCGUCUCCGGAGUCGGGUCCAUCGCCGCACGCGACAACAGCGCCGCGGUCGACUCCUCCGAGUCCCUCCGGCGCACGCUGCCCUCUGCGCGGUGCAGCGGAUCCGCGCUGCCCGCCGGCAGCUGCACGCCCCCGCUCGCGGGCUUCCUGCCCACCCCAAAUAGAUUCCAGCCCCAAAGGGAGAUGUGCCGGGGCGUCCGCGGCGGGACACGUGCCCGGCCACGCGGACCCAGAUGCGAGUGCAGACUGAUAGCGUCAGCAUCCGCCGCAGCGUCUAUGUCAGCCCCGUCUCCAUGAUGCCUGUCCUCGUCGCGUAGCAGCCCCUCGAGUUCGUCAGCCCGUGCACGCCGCGCGGCGAUGCUCCAGUCGGGCCCGAGGGGGGCGUAGUGCUGCUGGCCGUCCGCGUCGUCAGCGGGGCUGGACCGGCGGGGGAAGCAGGGGAUGGAUGCACAGCAUGAUGAGACUGCAGCACGGAGCGUGUCGUUCCACGAUGGGCGGUCCAUUGUGUCGGGGACUGGGUCCUCGAGAAGCCGGGUACGUUCGAGACACCUCAGUCGUUACGAAUGGAUCAACGGCAAUGGUGCGGUCGUGCCUGAACAGCCAGAAGUUAGGCGCAGGAUCGACCGGUUUCAAGAAGAGAGCAAGAUAGAGAGGGAGAGCGUGAUGCUCAGGCAAGAGAGGGAUGAGAAUGGGGAGAGCGAGAAAGGACCGCUGAUUGAUUGGUAUGUGAUCCAUACGAUUCUUUUUGCACAGAAUCCUGCCGAAUUUGGGCCGUUUGAGCAAAACUCUGGCGGCACCCGCAUCACUGUUUCACUACCUUCAGCUUCAAGAACCCACCAGAAUAUCCCGGCAAGUAUUGUCUAGAACGCGAAGCAUUGAAAUUUAGCUUCUGUGGCCGCGGUGUAAGGGCAGGACUGAGACUCGGAUCCUGGAACUUUGAAAGCUUGAAGGGAAUAGAAUUUCACAUGCCAACCUACUGUCUCUGCCGAUUAUUGCCGGAAGGGUGUGAGUCUGUAGAUAGGGGCGCAUUUCCCACCCAUUAUAUCACGGAGCAGAAAAUAUCAUGCUCUGACACAGCUCACGUUGACUGCCUA